AUGAAGUUCGAGUGCAAGACGCUGGAAUACUCCAAACAGGUGAACGUGAACAUCUCCGGACUGCCCACGGAUACGUGCAUCCAGGAGGACCAUCUGAGUCUGUGCGACUGGGUGCAAGUGCUGGAGGACCUGUCGCUGCUGGACAGCAAUAUCGCCGUCGCGAAGGGGUUCCCGCGACUGCACAUCCCGAGCAACCACGAAAACGAGCUCCGGGACGCGGAGCAACGCUACAUCGACCUGUACCCGAUCCAGAUGUCGAGUCACGUGACCAACAAGUCGGGCAAGAGCAUCAGAACCAACAACUUCGACACGUACACGCUGAUUUUGCAGCUGGGCGCCAUUCUGCACACGGUGCCGUGCUGGAAGAAGACGCACCGGCUGCGCGUGGUGGUGUUUGUGGAGUACAAGCGGGACGUUGCUGAGGAAAAGCAGCGGCUGCGGUCGCUGCUGGAAAUCUUGCGAAUUAAUGCCGAGGCUGUGGUGCUCUGCUUGGAGUCGGGCAACUUCGGCACGUACAACUACAUUGCGAAAGGCGAGAAAGACGGGUUUGACACGGGCAAGGUGGACGCCCGACUCGAGCAUGACGAGUGGUGGCACGCGGUGUUGGAGAUGCGCAGUUCUGCCGCGCCGGCACCAAAGCCUGUGGCCAGCAUCCAGGUUAAUUCCAAGCUAGUGAGGAAAUUCCACGCGGGCAACAGGAAACGGUACUCGGGCAGCUACAUGCGCAAGAACGGCGUCGCGUUCUCGAUGGUGACCAACGGCAUUGCGAACUUGGACUUCCACAAGACGCUGGCAGACGCCUCGUCGUCAGAAGACGACUACUCAUUUUCGGACAGCGAGUCGGUUGUGUCGUCUGCGUCAUCGAUCUCGCGCCACGAGGCGCAUCCGCCGUCGGUGCCCGUCUACCAGUCGUCCGCGCAACACCUGCGGCGGCCAAUGUUGCGGAACCUCAAGUCGUCGACGUCGCUGCUGAGGCAGAAAGUGUCCACUUUCUCUGCCGACACAAUGCCCAAUUCGCAUGUGUUAGAAAACGCACAGGGCAACGAGCCGUCCAUCAUGUUUGUUCACGACGGGACCGAGCCAGGCGCGCUGUCGGGCAGCGAGUCGCCCGCUUUUGCGGCCACCGCAUACGAAGACUCGGUAUUUUCGUUCAACGAGCUGAGCAGCACGGCGCAGUACCUGAUUCUGAACGAGCUCAUGCGCACCACGUCUGCCAACACUGCCCUUAUUUUCUCGACGUUGCCCGUGCCGGAAAUCGGACUGCACAAGGACGAGCAAAGCUGCCUGGACUACGUCACCAAUCUUGACACCUGGUGUAACGACCUUCCUCCCACGCUGCUGAUAAAUGCCAAGACUGUGACUGUGACUACGAAUUUAUAA